AUGAUUUGCGGACAAUCUCAAACGUCAACGGGGAAGAGGUCUGAUGACAUCCCAACGGAUGUGAGCCAAUUGGACUUCGACCGAGUCAUCGGUGGAACACCCGUUCCCAGUCAGAGGAAAUAUCCGUGGGUGGGAUGGAUGGGGACGGCCAAGAAUAAUUUCAUCUGCACGUCGGCCAUCAUCAACGAUCGCUACAUCCUCACUGCUGCUCAUUGCGUGCAAUCCAACCUAGCCGGGACAUUUUACGUGACCCUGGGAUCCACGAACUUGUUUCAAUGGCCAGCAGGUCAAUCCAUCCAGAUUGCUGCCAAAGCCAUCAGGCACCCCAAUUAUAAUUCUCAAACUCUUCAGAACGAUAUCGCCCUUCUGAAACUUCAGACUCCCUUGAACUUCGCAGCUCAUCCAAACAUCCGUCCCAUAUGUCUCGCCUCUGCCAACCCCAGUGCCAAUUCCGUGGUAACAAUCGCGGGAUGGGGCCGCACUUCAGGAAGUAACAAUAAUAUCCCGACGACUUUGAUGGAAACGACAGUGAACGUAUUGAGUCUUCGGACAUGUCAGGGCAUUUGGGGUAGUAACAUCAACAACAACUACGUGUGUGUGCGAGCCACAGGGAAAAAUAUCUGCAACGGUGAUUCUGGCGGAUCGCUCAUGUACAAAACUUCUCGAGGGUAUUACCAGAGUGCCGGGGUUGCUUCGUUCGUUGCUGGUUCCCAAUGUUUGCCUCAAUAUGGUGGUGUUUUCACGAGCACAGCCAAGUAUCAAAAGAAAGGAAAUUUGUCCUUUCUCUCUCAACACAAAAUCGCAUCGGCAAAUUGGAAGCUUCGUCUCCUCGGGGUUGUGGAGAUCACUGAAUCUCGCUUUUUGAAGAUCAACCAUGAGAAAGGUGUUGAGUUGUAG